AUGGACUACCUGAUCCGUUUCGCACAGGCGCACGAACCCUUCCGCCGGCCGGAGAUCGAGGCGCUUGCAGACCUCGCCCGGCUGCCGUGUGAGAUUGUCUCUUACGCCGAGAACUCCCCAUUUUGUGUCGUGCGUUUUCCGAGUCUCAGUCUUACCCAGGGCACGGCCAAUGCACGUGCGGAUGCAGACGCAAAAGCAGACGCAGGGAUUGGCGACGACACAAUCGACCGGGCGGUCCGCGAUUUCGAGAGCCGCGCCAUCCUCUCCAAAUGCAUCUACGAGAUCUGGGGCCAAGGGGCCGACUACGAGGAACUGCAUGGCGAUGUCACUCGCCGAACUCGCCAUCUCUGGGAUUCGUAUAAGUACCGUUCUUUCAAGUUUGCCAUCGACUGCUACGGGAACUCACACGACUCUGAAGAGCAGCGACGGAUCAUCAACGACUUCAGCUAUCUGGGGUUCAAGGGCAAGAUCAUCAUGAAGAAUCCCGAGUGCGAGUUUGCCGUGCUGGAAGAGUGGCUGCCUCUGGAUACCCUGGCCCGUAUGUCUAAUGGGUCGAGUGAGGCUCCCAUCAAUCAUGUGGCAGGCCCACGCUUGAAUAGAGUCUUUCUGGCGCGAAAGAUCGGCGAAUCCCGCCGGUGGUUGAACGACAAACAUGACCUCAAGAAACGGCCGUACAUUUCCACCACAUCCAUGGAUGCAGAACUCGCCCUCUUGACUGCCAACAUGGCGUUGGCCAGUCCCGGCAAGAUCUUCCUCGAUCCUUUUGUCGGCACCGGUGGGUUCAUGGUAGCAGCGGCGGAACUGGGGGCUGUCGUGCUAGGGUCAGAUAUCGACGGCCGGAGUUUCCGUGGAAAGGGCGCCGGAUUGGACAAGGGAGUGGGCGCCAAUUUCAAGAAAUAUGGUCUUGAACGUCUCUUUGGAGAUUGCAUCUGUUCAGAUUUGACCAACACGCCAUUCCGCAAAUCCGCAAGAGGGCAGCAUCACAGUCCGUCGAACCUCAGGUGGGUGGAUGGAAUUGUUUGCGAUCCUCCCUAUGGCGUGAGGGAGGGGCUGAAGGUUCUCGGAACAAGGACGAGAACAUCGGUACUACUCAAAUCCAACGCUCGGGGUGAAGGACUUGCUUCAGAAACGGGGACACCCCAGGAGAUUCUGGUUGACGGCAUUCCGGCGCAUAAGUUGCCCGGUUACGUGGCCCCCAAGAAGCCGUAUUCCUUCUCGCGACUACUGGGCGACAUUCUCGACUUCGCAGCGCAGACAUUGGUCGAUGGUGGUCGGCUUGCGUUCUGGAUGCCCAGUGCCAAUGAGAAUGAGCUCGGCGAGGAAGAGGUGACCCUGAUACCCACACAUCCGCAUCUGCUGUUGAAGCACCAAUGUGUGCAAAGGUUCAGCAAGUGGAGUCGGCGGUUACUCGUCUACGAGAGACUUCCGGGACACUUGGAUUCUGAGCUUGGGACUGGCGAGCUCGGCCGCGGUGAAGACGACGUCGAAACGACAGCCCAGACGGCCGAUGAGCUGAACCCGUUCCGCAGGAGAUAUUUUCAGCCCGUCGUGGAUAGAAACGCCAGCUAA